AAUGUGUGUGUCUGUGUGUCUAUGGCAGGAGGACGCCAAAGAAUGAGAAGUGACCUCGAAGUUCGGGGCAGACACGAGAAAAUCCUUAGAAUCAGGUGCGAAUGGCGACUCGGAACGGCAACUUGGUUUCCGUUUGUAAUUAAAUAGGGUUAAAACAAAUCUAUCGAAUCUCGUGCCUGAAAAGCGAGCUUCAGUUUGACAUACUAAAGGUGCAUUUAACUUACACAUUUUAAGAAUACGUAUGGUAUCAUCGUCAUUAAUCCAAACGAAGCCAUUGCCUAUCGUAAGGUUAGCUUGGUGUUCAGAGGGGAUCAGGUGCCAACGAAGAGGACGACCAUACGAACGAGCUGGAGACGCAGCCGGCCCGCCAGGCCGCUCUUGGUGCUUGAGAAAGAGAGUGGGUGGUAGGCGGAGCUACUCGAACUCGAAGAGUUUCUAGCCAGACCCCUUGCUCUGGCGAAUUGCGGGGCGAGCCAGUCAAAUAGCGAACGGUGGCCGGAGUGGAGAAAUUGUCUGAGUGAGUCAAGAUCGGACAGAGCGGGGCAUCACCGUUCACUUUGUUGGAUACACCCAUCGGAGUAAGACGUAGCAGGAACUUAAGACUAACCAGCGGCAGCCCUUUUAAAACCACUAGCACAACGGCAAGAACAACAGCAGCAGAAGCUAUCGAAGUUUUCGUGUCUACAGUCGUUGACUCUUGCGUUACCUCGAAGUGGGUUCUGAUCGAAGAACAAGAAUUGCUGUUUUUUGUUUACGAGAAUUGAAUUUGAAACGUGCAAACUUACUCUAGAAUAUUGUGCCAUAUUAAGCAUUGUUAGUUUCACUGCGUGUCUACAAGUAGUUGUGCUCGGAGAGGAACUCUGACUCUGAUGUUUCGGCAGAAUCGGGAACAAAAGCUCUAACAACGGGCACCGAUUCUGAACACAGACUUUUCAUAGAGAAAAGGACCGAACCCCAAAUCGUUACCGGUUAAUAACUUAAUUGUUGUGUUGUGGUACCCAUAGUGAUAUACGAUAUACAAGUGUAGUGAGAUGCCAUCAUAUGAUAUAAUGGCUGGAUCUAGAGGAACGCUGGAUUGUAAGGUACUGAGCAGACGAGAGAACUCGAAAGACGGUCCGGAGUGGCUACUUAGGCUGGACGGGCCCAAGCAGAUGGCGUGCCCAACAUUUUGCGUCGCUCGCAACGGCCCCUCAUCUGUUACUGGCCCACCGAAAAGCCAAGGUUUGCUAAACAAUCAGGGCUAUCAAGGCCAGAACUGCUCAUUAUCAUGCUCAUGUGACACCGAUUCUGGAUACGAACCCUCCCCAGCGUACUUUGCCGUAGAACGGAGCUUUGAAUAUCCGCCCGUGGAGGACCUUGAAGAGGAAGACCUCGAUGAUGUUUUCUAUGAUCCACCGUCGUUUCUGUCGGCUCCAUCUACACCGCGCUCAUGCGCGAUUCCAAUACCAAGUACACGGCAGUCAACACCGUCGGAUGACACCGUCGAGGACAACGACGACCCUAAACCUUGUCGUCCUCAAAGCUGUCCGCUUCGCGAUCCUGGGGACGUUGUUCAAGACGACGAUGAUGACGAUGAAGCCGAUAACCGCAAUGAAAUGAGAGACCACUUUUUAGACUUCGAGGAUGAUGAAGACUACGAAGAUGUGUUUCAAGACCUUGAAGAUCAUCAUUCCGUCUCCACACAGACUGAAUGGCUUUUUGACGAAGAAGUCGCGGCCGUUAGUCGCCGGCGAGCCACUGUUUCCAAUAUUCCUGAUGUAGUUCCGCGUCGCCCAGCUCGUACGCUUCCACGCCGCGCUGCCUCCUUAAACGAAGCUGACUAUCUGAACAUCGGCAGGGACCUUCGCCGUCUUUCUGACCAUUGGGAAUACGGACGCUUUCAAAGGAGGGUAGAACGCCGACAGACCUUUAUUGGUUUCGUAAUGGACGCUAUCAUGGCCAACGAAGCUCCAAGGAGACCGCGGAUGCCCCCGACACAUUUGCGGUAAAAGCGUGUUGGCUUAAUUUCAGCCUUGUCGACGACAAACGAAAACACUAUUAGACGAUCACUCAAAUUGGCACACCGGUGCCAUAAGCUUAGCAGACUCGCAGAAACAUCGAAUAGCGACGUAAACGCGGAUGCCAGUUCUUCUCUAUGGUGUCUCUGAAAGGUGUAAUGGUUUCGAGUAGAAAACAGGAACCUCACUAUUCGCU